AUGACUGCCGAGAUCCCGACCCUUCGCUGGGGCAUCAUCGCCACCGGCCUGAUCUCCUCAUGGUUCGUCGAGGAUCUGGUACUUGAACGCUCGAACGCGAGGGCCAAGCACGUUGUUCAGUCCAUCGGAUCAUCAUCACUUGAGAAGGGCAAGGCGUUUGUCGAGAAGCAUCUCCCAGGGAAAACACCCACAGUUUAUGGUAGCUAUGCUGAGGUCUACAACGAUCCUAACGUCGACGUCAUCUAUAUCGGCACACCACACGCAUUCCAUAAGCAAAACUGCCUCGACGCCAUCAACGCGGGCAAGCAUGUACUAUGCGAAAAGGCCUUCACCAUCACAGCCAAGGAGGCGCGGGAGGUGUUUGAGGCCGCGAAGAAGAAGGGUGUUUUCGUCAUGGAGGCAAUGUGGACGCGUUUCUUCCCCCUCACAAGAUCUCUCCUGAACGUCUUGCACUCGGAAAAGCUGAUUGGCGAUAUUCACCGGGUCUUCUGCGACUUUGCCAUGAACAUGAACCUCGCAUCUCUGGGUCCGGACUCGCGCCUGAAGAAUCCGGCGCUAGGUGCAGGAAGUCUUCUCGACAUUGGCGUGUACAGCUUGACCUUUACGAUUCUGGGACUGGACCCCGGCGUUGGAGAUAAAGCUGAAAAGCCCAAAAUCUCGGCGACACAAACCCUCUCAGACGAUAUCGAUAUUGCAACAUCGGCUCUUCUUCUCUACCCCAGUGGCAAGCAAGGUAUCUUGACAGCUUCGACGCAGGUCAAGACACCACCAGGAUUCUGCAGGAUUGAGGGAAGCAACGGAUACGUCAUUGUCGAGGGCAUCGCGACUUCAGUUCCCGGCUCUUUCACAGUGUACUCUUCCAAGGCUUCUGGCGAGGGGUGGGCCGACUCUGCGACGGAAGGUCUGAAGUCAAAAAAGUUUGACUUCGAGCGACCAGGUAAAGGCUUCUACUGGGAAGCGGACGCGGUGGCGCUGGAUAUUGCUGCUGGGCGCACAGAAAGCGAGAUCAUGCCCUGGGCAGAAACUGUCCGUGUCAUGGAGAUUUUGGAUGAGAUUAGGAGACAGGGCGGCGCCAAGUUCCCUCAAGAUGAUCAGUAA